AUGCGUCUGAGUCCGCGUGAAGAAGAGCAUCUGAUGCUGCAUACGGCUGGGGCUCUGGCCCAGAAGCGACUGGCACGUGGUCUCCGUCUUAACUACUCGGAGAGCGUGGCGUUGCUGGCCACGCAAGUGCUCGAGCUCAUCCGGGACGGCAAGACGGUGGCUGAACUCAUGACGCUUGGCGCGCAGAUGCUCGGUCGACGACAAGUAAUGGAAGGUGUGGCCUCCAUACUGGACGAAGUGCAAGUGGAAGGCACGUUCCCGGACGGUACCAAGCUCGUGACCAUCCACAAUCCGAUCUCCAACCUGGACGGAGACUUAUCGCUGGCUCUGUAUGGGUCCUUCCUACCUGUACCGAAGCUCGAGGUCUUUGGCGCUGCUGCUACCGUCACGGCAAUUGCACCGGGUGCUCUUAUCACUCAAGACACGGAUAUUGUGCUUAAUGAGGGCCGUAAGGCACGUGUACUGCAGAUCACGAACCUGUCGGACCGACCUAUUCAAGUUGGGAGUCACUACCACCUCAUUGAGGCCAAUCCGUACUUAGAGAUGGACCGGAAGUUGGCUUACGGUCAUCGUCUGAACAUUGCGGCGGGCACAGCGGUGCGAUUCGAGCCUGGUGAUCAGAAGACCGUGUCUAUCGUGCCUAUAGCAGGCAAUAAGGUCAUUACUGGAGGGAAUAACCUUGCGACGGGGGUCGUGGACGAGUCCAAAGUGGACGCUAUUGUCGCCAAGGCGGUGGCUGAGGGUUUCCACCACCGAGAACUGGAGCUCAGUACGCUUCCACGUCAUGUGACCAAGCCGGAGUUUGGAGUCUGUAAGAUGCCUAGAAGUGUCUAUGCGCAGACGUAUGGUCCAACGACGGGAGACGUCGUGCGUCUGGGAGAUAUGGAGUUGUAUGUGGCGGUUGAGAAGGAUAUGACAGUAUACGGAGAUGAGUGCAAGUUUGGAGGAGGCAAAGUACUGCGAGAAGGUAUGGGACAAGCGUCUGGCAGGAAUUCCGCUCAGGUUGUGGACACCAUCAUCACCAAUGCGCUGAUUGUGGACUACACGGGCAUCUACAAGGCCGAUGUGGGCAUCAAGGACGGCUUGAUUGCAGGAAUCGGCAAGGGAGGCAACCCAGAUGUGAUGGAAGGUGUCCUGCCUGACCUGAUUGUAGGCGUGAACACGGAAGUGAUUGCCGGAGAAGGGUUAAUUCUGACUGCUGGGGGCUUCGAUGCUCACGUGCACUUUAUCUGCCCUCAGUUGUGUACUGAAGCACUUUCAAGUGGCUUGACGACGCUAGUUGGAGGAGGGACUGGCCCAGCUACGGGGACAAAUGCGACGACGUGCACUCCGGGGCCAAAUCACAUAAAAAUGAUGCUCCAAGCGACAGACUCGACGCCGAUGAACAUUGGUUUAACUAGUAAAGGUAACACUUCGCUUCCUGAAGGUCUCCAGGACACUAUUGAUGCUGGUGCUGUCGGUAUGAAGCUUCACGAAGACUGGGGGACGACACCUGCUGCUAUUGACAACUGUCUCAACGUGGCGGAGAAGAACGACGUUCAAGUGACAAUCCACACGGAUACGCUGAACGAAUCGAGCUGCGUGGAGCACACUAUCAAGGCAUUUAAGGGCCGAACGAUCCAUACUUACCAUAGUGAAGGUGCUGGCGGGGGCCACGCUCCAGAUAUUGUGACGGUAUGUGGAGAGUUGAAUGUGCUGCCGUCGUCUACCAACCCAACGCGUCCGUACACUCGCAAUACGAUUGAUGAGCACGUGGAUAUGCUGAUGGUGUGUCAUCAUUUGGACAAGAACAUCGCUGAAGACGUGGCUUUCGCUGAGUCUCGUAUCCGUGGCGAGACUAUCGCUGCUGAAGACUUGCUGCACGAUAUGGGCGCGAUCAGUAUCAUUUCCUCGGACUCGCAGGCUAUGGGACGUAUUGGCGAAGUGGUUACCCGCACGUGGCAGACAGCUGACAAGAUGAAGAAGGAACUGGGUCUCCUUCCUGAAGACGCGGCGUCCGAGCACAAACGCGACAACUUUAGAGUCCGACGCUACGUGGCCAAGUACACGAUCAACCCUGCUAUCGCUCAUGGGAUGGCGCACCUCAUCGGCUCUGUGGAGGUGAACAAACUUGCCGAUCUUUGUCUGUGGAAGCCGUGUUUCUUCGGCAGUAAACCUGAGCUGGUGAUCAAGGGAGGUGCUAUCGCUUACGCUCAGAUGGGCGACCCCAACGCCUCCAUCCCGACCCCACAGCCCGUGAAGAUGCGACCAAUGUUUGGAGCUUUAGGUGCUGCCGUUGGAAUGGGCUCUAUCGCCUUCGUUAGCAAGAGUUGCGUGGACAAGAAGAUUGCUCAGUCGUACGGACUCAAGAAACGUGUUGAGGCAGUUCGCAACUGUCGCGGAGUCACCAAGAAAGACAUGAAGCUGAACGAUGCGUUGCCGAAGAUUCAGGUCGAUCCAGAGACGUACAAGGUGCACGCGGAUGAGAAACUCUUGACUUGUGGACCAGCGACGUCGUUGCCACUGACACAAAGAUUCUUCCUGUUCUAA